GAAAAUUUAAUUUUGUCCAUUAAUGCAGUUCUUUUGUCGUUCCUUUUUUCUUUUCCUUUCAAACUUUUUGAGAUCCCUACAACUACAAAUGCUUUUUGUUUCAAAGAUAGAAUGAAAAACCUUUUCUAUGAGAAUAGUGAAAGAGUUUAUGAUCUCAUGAAAGAUGUCUUAACAGAAAUUACAGACCCAAACAUUGUACUUGAAACAAUAGCUAAUCGUAAGAGUUAUUAAGCUAAUAGACCUGCCGAAAAGAAAUCCCCCUCCCAAACCUGAAUUAGACACUGUUUUCGAAAAGAAGAGAAAGGCUUAGCUGAGACGACUAACGACGACGAAGGAAUGCAGGAGGAUGACACCAGUUAAUAUGGAUAAGGAUAAGCAAUUAAAGGACAGUUAUUUAGUGAUGAACAAUGCUACAGAAGGGAUCCACUUCAAAAAGAAGUAGAAAUAUAUACAUUUCGAGAAUAUAACUGCUACUUUAGUAUAUCUAUUCUUUUCGCUUUGUUCUAUAGUGCUCCUUAAAGAAAUAAAUUAUUUAUUUUUACUUCAUAUACACUUGAUAAA